CUUUAAACACUAAGACGGAAGAAAAGGCAAAUUAGCUGUUGUGUGUUUAUAAUUUCUAUAGCAACAGAGAGCGCUCCCUUGUUCGUCUAUUGUAUGCGACGUUAAAAGAUUUGAAUGGAAGCGCCAGGCAGUAAGAGGAAAGAAAAUGCCUAAAUGACAGUACAAACCAAAAUGGUGGAAGGCAUGCAGCCAGCUGGAGAUCUUUGUCUUAUUGAUAAGAACAUUUCCAGCCUCUUAGAAAUACCUCUGGACCCAAACCUCCAGUCUCUCAAUUUGCACUGUAAUCAGAUCUCCAAAAUUGAAGGUCUGAGUCAUGUGUGGCAUUUGCGACACCUGGAUCUGUCAUCUAACCAAAUAACUUGCAUCAAAGGACUGGGAACACUGACUUUCUUGCGUACACUGAAUUUAUCCUGCAAUUUAAUUACUAAAGUAGAAGGUCUGGAUGGGCUUGUAAAUCUAACAAGAGUUAAUCUGUCCUUCAAUCAAAUUAGUGACCUUAGCGGUUACAGAGAAAUUGUACUGCAUGCCUUACCUCAGCUCUCUGUUAUGGAUGGAGUGAAUAGGAUGGGUGAACCUGCAAGUUUGAGUGCAGAUCUUCUGGAUAUACCUGGAUUAGAAGGAUAUAUGGAAUAUCUGUUGUCUUCUGACUCCAGUUUAAAUAUUGAAAAGAGUAAUGGUGGUUUCCCUUUGGUUACUCCUCGCAUUGACCAAGUACUAGCCAAGUAUCGAGAACGCAUUUCACCAUCUACAUUUGCUGCCAUGAAUUCUGCUGUUGUAGGCUCCUUAUCUACUGAUGUGGAGCCCCAAAAAACAAAUACUAAUUUGUACAAUGAACUGAGGCUUAAAAAGCUGGAAGAUCAAAUUCUGCAGCUUUUGGAAAAGACUUCAGAUUCUUCCGAAGUAGCUGCUUCUCAAAGCUCAUCAAAAGUAAACAGGGAUGUAGAUCACACAUCGGAAAGCGACUGUGGUAGUGGAAAAGAAAGCCGCAGAAAAGGUGGCAGACGUACCAAGAUACCAAGCUAUAGACGUAACACUGAGGCUUCCAGACAUCGUAUAAAGAAGCAAUUUGAAGAUGUGAAACUUCACUGUGGACAGGAGCAGCAUACUGCAGGAAAAUUGAAGCACAGCAGAAGGCAUUCAAAAAAUGAAGAUUUUACCAGCACUUCCCUAUCUGGACAAACAGACCUGGAGGUAGUUGGGAAGACAGCUUCACCAUCAGUGCAAAAAAGUCAACUACAGACUGGAGCGAGUAGUUGUCAUAAUGCAACAGAAGAGUCCACUUAUAGGGCACUUGUUGAACAGCUGGAUUUGGAGCGUGAGAGAAGAUGGAAAGCUGAGCAGAUGGCAAAAAAACUUUCAGAACAAGUUAAAGAGUUACACAAUCAAGUACACGAGGAAAAGAACAUUCAGAGCACGGCGAUAAAUACCACUGACAGAUUAAAAGAGCUGCUUCUAAAAGAGAGAGCUACAAAAUCUGAAUUGCAAAUAUCCAUUCAGGAAUUAAAAGAAGUAAAUGAUAGGCUUACUAAUGAGGUAAAACAGACAAGAAAAGUUGAAGAGCAACAGCGUAAUGCCCUUAAAAGUUUGAAAGAAACUCUGUCAAGCUUGGAAGCAGAGAGAGUACAAGAUCAAGCCACAAAGGCUAAGCAAAUCCAAGAAGCAGAUUUGAAAGCUGCUGCUGCUCAAAGAGAAGUUCAGUUACUGCGACUGUCUGUUCGACAAAAUAAGGAAAAGGUUCAACAGGUUCAAGAAGUUCUCAAUGCCAGAGAAGAGGCACACAGGAAAGAGAUUGCUUCAAGAGUUGUAUUUAUGGGACCAGAGUUUCAGGAAGCCUUAGCAAAAGAGCUAGCUAAGGAAGAAAAGAAGCAUUCUCAGCACAUUAAAGAAUUUGAAGAAAAAAUGAACAUGCUGAAUAAACAGUAUGCAGAACUAGAGGAAGAGUUUCGAAUGGCUCUUACAAUUGAAGCAAAUCGGUUUAAAGAGGUCAAAGAAGCUUUUGAAAGGGUUACAUCUCAGUUAGCAGAUCAUAAGCAGAAUCUGGCCAAGUCUCAUCAUAUGGAAAAACAGUCUGCAGCACUAAUUCAAGACCUGACUUCUGUGGUAAAAGAACAAAAAGCAAAAAUUGCAGAAUUAACUAAGUCAAAGCAAGAAACAGUAUCGGGGCUAAAGAGUCGAAUAAGAUCUCUUGAAGCCAUUGCAGAAGAGGACAGACAAAAAACUAUUCAAAUUGAGUUACUGAAGCGUGAAAAAUCAAGAUUUAUUUCACAACUGACUGCCCAGGAAUCUGUAAUUGAUGGUUUGAAAGCUGAAAGAAAAAUAUGGGGAGAGGAACUGGCACAACAAGGGUCCUCCCUUGCACAAGACAGAGGAAGGCUUGAGGCAAAAAUUGAAGUAUUCUCCACCGAGAUUGAAUCUCUAAAGAAGCAGAAUGAGCGGGACAGUGAUACCAUAAAAAUUAAAGCCAGAAUUAUUGAGGACCAAACUGAAACUAUACGGAAACUGAAAGAAGGGUUGCAGGAGAGAGAUGAACAGAUUAGAAGGCUAAGAGAGGAGAAUCUGCAAAUUCAGAAAUCAUUCCAGGAUCAGUUAGAUGAAGAAAAUAUAGAACUGCAUGACUUGAAAGAAAAGCUGUCGAGGGUUACUGACAGAAAAGACCAGCUAAAACAACAAUUGGAAGAGAAGGACAAGGAAACUGAAGAUGUAAAGAAAGCCUACAAUGCUAUGAAUAAGAAGUGGCAGGAGAAAGCAGAAUUAUUGAACCAGCUUGAAGCACAAGUGAAAAACAUGAAAGAGCAUUUUGAUAACAAAGAAGCUAAAUUAAUCGAAGAGAAAAACAAAGCACUUGAAGCUCAGAAGGCCACAACAGAAAAACUCCGCCUUGUGGAUGAUGCAUUUCGAAGACAGCUUGAAUCAGUGCAGGCAGCUCAUCAAGCAGAGCUACUUCAGUUAGCCACAGAAAAACAAAAACAACUAGAGGAAGCAAAUAACAAGGUUUAUCAGGUUGAAGAAGAAAUGCGCCAGCUCCUUCGAGAGACUGUAAAUAGUAAAAAGAUAAUGGAAGAGAAGAUCAGUCGCCUGACCAGUGCUUUGUCUGACAUCCAGCAAGAAUUAUGAUGUCCAUGACUGUCUUCAUUUCUUUUUGUUACAUAAUUUUGUUACAUAAAUUAUGUCUAGUUCACUCUAUGAGGAAAAUUGUAACUAUUAAUAUAUUUGGUUUUACUUUUCAUAAUAAUGUAAAUAACUUAAUCUCGUGUUUUAAAUAAUUUUGCAUUUCACGUGUACAGUGUAAUAUUAAAUGGUCAGUUUCCAAAAUAAUUCAGUUUUGUGUAGGUAUUUGUUUUGAAAGCUGUCAGAAGAGUGAAAAAUACACAAAUCCUAUGCAUAUGAAUUAAAAUUGUUUCUCUGCUUUUUCUUUUCAUUUUACUUGAUGCUGCGCUUAAACACUAGCAUAGACUAG